GUGUGUCUGCGUGUGUGUGUGUGUGUGUGUUUGUGUGUGUGUGUGUGUGUGUGUGUGUGUGUGUGUGUGUGUGUGUGUGUGUGUGUGUGUGUGUGUGUGUGUGUGUGUGUGUGAGUGUGUGUGUGUGUGUGUGUGAGUGUGUGUGUGUGUGUGUGUGUGUGUGUGUGUGUGUGUGUGUGUGUGUGUGUGUGUGUGUGUGUGUGUGUGUGUGUGCUGACAGGACGUUGGUAGACAGAAGCCAUCAGGUCCCAGUGAAGAAGACCACACGAGCAACACAACACUGGAUUAUUACCAGCAAACACCGGGCCCUCCAGCGGAGGGCAGCGUGACACCACCUCCCAUCCCGUCGGGUCGUCGUGCUGUGAGUGCCAUCAGGGUCACACCUUUGUCGACCAUGAAAGGAUCUCCUGACCUGAUUCCAACUGCAGGCCUGGACCCGAGGAAGGUGUGCAAAGGGAAAGGAGUGGUGACUCUGAGGGCCUCCCUGGUGCACUUAGAUGAUGAAGGCAGCGCCGGGCCAAGCAUCAUCACAACAUCAAAUGAAUUCACAAGUCAAAUAAACGGAGGAUUGGCUAAAGGAAGUGACGGCAUCAAAGCUGAUGUCCCCCUUGUAAACAACACACACUGCCAGACCAAUUCGCCAGAAAGCAUAAAAGAAAACCAGGCUCCAACGUCAUGUGACAACCAGAACUGUUUGCCAUCACCCCCCAGCUCCGUCUAUCCAUGCACCAGCACAGUUAAUCCCACAAUAGUCCUGCUGCAACACAACAGAGAGCAGAAAAAACAUCUUUCUCAUUUGAAAGACCCCACCCCAGAAAGGGACAAAAGCCCCGCUCCUGGGAGAGCCUUGGUCAGUCCAGUUGCAGACAUGGACGGGAAAAGACUGCGACUGUCGCUGCACUCCCCUGUCCUCAGUCCUCUCAACAGGCCCAUUGUGCCAGUGCGGAACACUGAAACAUCCAAAGACUGGUACAAGACAAUGUUCAAGCAGAUUCACAAGAUACCCGAGACUAUUGAAGAAAACCCAUACCGCCCCACCUACAUAUUCCCCGACAACUUUGACAUUCGCAUGAAAUCCAAAGAGACCGGCCCUAACCCCUUUGGCUACUUGGAUGAUGGAGUACCACGAUCUCAAAGUGAUACAGAGGUUUGUUCAAGAACAAGGUCAAUGCCAGUGCCAACACGGUCUUCAUCCCUCAAACCCUCUACUAAAAGAAAUGAGUGGGAGCCCCCAGAUAAAAAGGUAGACACGAGGAAGUACCGCGCCGAGCCCAAGAGCAUCUUUGAGUACGAGCCUGGGAAAUCGUCGGUCCUGAAGCUGGAGAGAACGACUCUGGAUAUAUGUCCGGAAGAUGUAGAUUUAGAGAAUGAGCCGUGGUAUAAAUUCUUUUCAGAGAUGGAGUUUGACAGAGCGAGUGCCCCCUCCUUCAGCCCCCUGGAAACAGCCUCCGACCUACAGAAGUACUCCUCCAGCAAGUCUGGACACAGCGAGGUGGAGAAGGACGCAGGAUCAUCCACAAACGAGCCCGCGGCUCCAGAAUGCGACCGCCAUGUUUACAAGAGUAUUCUGGAAGGCGGCGACAUUCCCUUACAAGGUCUGCGAGCCCUAAACAAGCACCAUGGCAGCUCAUCCCCCUCUAAAGUGGAUUAUAAAGGUGGGAAUGGCUGUAUAGAUCCACCCUGCUCCUCUAUAAAUAGUCAAUCUGUUCUUGCCAGUAACGCAAUAGCUAACCACUGUAAGAAUAAGAAGCCUCUUUCUGCUGCCAAAGCCUGCAUACCCCAAAUCUUGCCCUCUAAAUUCAAGCCCAAAUUACUGCCGCCUGGUGGUGAUAUCCAGGAAAGCAGGACACUGCCUGUGAGGCACCCAAAGGCGCACAGCUUCGAGGAUUUGUACACAAGUACGUGUGAUCGUGACAGACCUGAAGAAGAGGAGAGAUAUCUGCAAGGCCAAUAUUCAGACCGCUGUGCUGAUGGCCUCGGGGACGUUUCCCCUGCGAUUAACAGGAGCACAUCAGAGUUUUCCAGCUUGUACAAGAACAUGCAUCAGAUUCAGCGGACCAGCUCAGUGGGCUCCAGCCCCCAAGGCAGCGCCCGCAGCCUCACCUCUCUCUUUGAAGGAGCGAAGGCUGAUGGGGGUGAAAAGUCACAGGCCAGCAUUCCAUGGGUCGCCGUGUCGUCACGGGUCGCUGAGUUUGAAAUGAUCAUUCAACGGUCCAGUUUGACACCGAGUCGCUCGUCCUCACUGCCCACUCUGAACGCCAGCCACAGCCCGCAACACUGCACCCCCCUUUACGUGCCCACUGCAGUGUCAGCUGAGAGCAUUUUGGUGAUCAACACCGCACAGACAAAUGUCUGUGCUUCCAUGGAGACAGGUGGCAAGGAACCAGAUGAGGAGACCUUGUUACCAGACAGUAAGACCAUGGAGCAGGCAGCCUUCCCCUCAGAGGAUGAAGGCCAUGUUAGGGUUGAGUCGGCUUCUUCCACUGACCCUGAAGUUGAACAGAUCUUCAAACAGAGUUGUCUUGAGUACAGGCACUCUGCUGUCAUUGGAACAAAGAGUCCUUCCGCCUUGCCUCCAAAGUCCUUCCCUUUACACCACCACCAUCACUUGCACCACCUGAACCACCACCACUUCCCCCUUAAACCCACCAAAUGUAAAGGCUCCUGCCCAGCUUCCUACACCCGCUUCACCACCAUUCUCAGACAUGAGAGGCAGCAGGCCACAGCACAGCAAGAGAAACCAGCAGCACCACCAGAGAAGAAGACCAUGCUGCCUGGAAACCUCCUACUAAUGGGCCCUGCCCCCUUCAGGUUGCGUAAGAGCCCACACUCCCAGCAGCCUCGGAGGACGCUGUCAGCCACUAAGGUGCAAACAGGCAACCAGAGGCCCCCGAGCUCUUUUCCUGAGCUCAGACCUCUCAUACCUCAGCGUCUGUCCUCCCUGGAGGUCCUGGAGAGGCUGAGUAACGGGGAGGGAGACAACUCUGAGCAGCUGAGUAACGGACAGGGCUUGGACGCCAACGGGAACCUUCUGCAGCCGCUGGCAGCUCACCACAGAGACUUAUCCCCAGCACACGGAGAGAGCCAGGAUGAAGUGCUAAGGAGGCGUCAUGGCGACAAAGAGAAAAUGUUGGAGGAGCAGCGGCGGCUGAAGCGGGAACAGGAAGAGGCUGACAUAGCGUCGAGGCGACACACUGGCAUCGUUCCAACACACCACCAGUUCAUCACCAACGAGCGCUUUGGAGACCUGCUCAACAUCACAGAUAACACAGAGAAACGGAAAUCUGGCAUUGAGAGAACUCCAGCAAUGGCACGCUUCGACUUCAGAGCUGAAAGUCUAAAGGAAUUGCCGUUUCAAAAGGGAGACAUUGUGUACAUCAUUCGACAGGUGGAUCAGAACUGGUAUGAAGGCGAACAUCAUGGAAGAGUUGGGAUUUUCCCUCGAAGCUACGUUGAGCUCCUGCCCCCUACAGAGAAAGCGCAGCCUAAGAAAAGUAUGCCAGUGCAGGUGUUGGAAUACGGAGAUGCCAUGGCUCGCUUUAACUUCACAGGCGACACGGUGGUAGAGAUGUCCUUCAGAAAGGGGGAGAGGAUCACGCUGAUUCGUAGAGUUGAUGAGAACUGGUACGAAGGAAAAAUCUCAGGCACCAACCGCCAGGGCAUCUUCCCCGUCACCUAUGUCGAAGUGCACAAACGACCACGGGUCAAAAAUGGUUUGGAUUACCCCGACCCUCCUGUCUGCUCCUCGCCACAGCGCAGCACCAACGCUUCCCCUCAGUUGUAUCGUAAUCGCCUGACCACUUCGCCCUUGCCCCUCCCUCGCUCCCCCUGCCGCUCCGUGUCACCCGAAGUCCACGCUGUCUCCUCUGAGUGGAUCUCACUGACCGUGGGAGGCGGAAGCCCACCAGCAGCCCCAACUCCUCCAUUGCCACCGCUGCCCACAGUGUCAUACCGUUGCGGCGAGUACCUGCCCCCACCUUUCUCUGCCAGCCCCGUGCCUCCCAUCGUCGGCAGUCCUUACUGCAUCUCUCCCAUGGCCUCUCCCACUGCCUCACCUCUGCCCCCACCGUACCCGCCCAGGCCCAACUCCGCCACUCCUUUCCUCACUUUCACCCCUCCUCAGGGGGGGGACUUCCUGCUUUCCCCACCCUCACCACACCUGUCACGCAGCAUGAGCCCCAGUGGCGGGCCGGUGCUGGAAGGCUGGCUUAGGGCGGAGAAGGAGUUGACAGAGGGGGAAGGCACAGAGGGGGAUGGGAGCAGUAGCCGCACUGCCCAUGGAAACAGACAAAAUAGUCCUGCAGAGCUUGUGCGGAAUGACAUUGAUCAUCACAGACGCAACUCCAGAAGUCCGGUGAUGCUCUUCGACAUUCAUGAUAACAACAACGUGAACUCAUUUGCGGAGGCAGUAUGUAAUGAGAUCCUGAAUAUAGCUGAGACCUCAGUGAGGUACUGCGGCACCUUGUCCCGCAGCCCUCACGACGCACUCCGUAGACUGCACCCCCAUCACAGUAAACAAUCUCUCAUCAUUUCCCAGCAACCCCAGUCCCACAGCAGCAGCCCGGAGCCCAACCGUCUCAACUGUGGAAUUUUCCAGGCUCUGUACAGUUACGCACCGCAAAAUGAAGAUGAGCUGGCACUUCAGGAGGGAGAUCUCGUCAGCGUCAUGGAGAAGUGUGAUGACGGCUGGUUUGUCGGUACCUCAAAGAGGACGAAACAGUUUGGGACUUUCCCUGGGAAUUACGUGAAGGAGGUGAAACUGUAAAGCAAAGGAAUCUCAACCGUAACACACGACUGCCUGUCAAGCUUUGGAAAUAUUUUCUAUCACGCAUGGCUGUGGGUUAGCGUAGUCAUUUAGCUAAACUGGCAAGGUGAUUGGUUCAUUCUGAAGAAUAUCAAAUUGCACAUUGAGGACCGUCAUAUGCCCGUUGCCCACACCUCAGCAUGGUGUGUACGUCUACCUGACUGAGGAUACCCUAGAUUCUCAGAUACAAGCUUCCAUCGUGUUAACUUUUCCAGAUGUGUUCACAUAGCACCUCCGUCUGAGUUCAGCAGCUCAGCAGAUUAGGAAUGAAAGGUGACACGUUGUUACCUGAACUGGAUUUGGGCGUGUCAAAAUGUGUUUUUAUGUGAUGUUAGGUUAGAGUAUCCAAGUACAAUACAAAUCAAAGGAGUGUAUCCAUGUAAACACACUUUCAGAUAUACCCCCAUAUCUAACACAUGAUUCUUUAUUUAUGUUUUUUUUUUUGCUUUUAUUUUUUUGUCUUUUAAAUUUUUCAGGUUUUAAAAAAGUCAUUAUUGGCUACUUUACAAAAAAAAAAUCAACACACUACUACAAAAAGCCUUCAGCGCCGUUUCAGUAUUGACUGCAAGUUCAUUGCAAUUCACGACGGUGUAUCACAAAUCAUGUGCAUACUUAGAAACACAUCGACUGUGCCGUUAUCAGACACAACAAAAGUGUAAAUAAUCACACGCUAUUUAUUUACCAUGUUAUACUCCUUGUGUCAUUUGUGCUUGCACGUGAUGCCUCACAUGUAGGUGGUGGUUGACAUCGUGUUCCAGUGCAACCACGGCACAGGCGUGGCAGCACUUAACUUUCUGCUUGGUCACUUAGGGAAAUUCUGUCUAAACAAACAAAAACACUGCGGAUUGAUCAGUGACCCUUUUGUAGCCAACAAUGUGUCUUAAAAAUAAUGAUUUUUAAUGAUUCAACGAGAUUGUAUGACCCAGAUGUGUAUAGAAACUUCAAGAGGCCUUUUUGUAUUUUAAAAAGCAAUGACUUUCCCAUACAUUUAUUUAUUUGUGGCGGCCCACCAUGAAUACAUUUGUGGACUUCGCUCAUAAACUCAUUAUAAUGGGACUGUGUGUGAAUGGGCAGUAGGUGGCAUCGUGACAGUGCUUCUUAACACAGUGGUCUGCCAGAGAAAAACAAAUACAUAGAAGGAGGGUAAGAUUUUGCUAAUUUAGCGACUAAAAAGCAACCAAAUCAGUGACUUUUUUUUUCUGUGCACUAAUGGACACUUUUAAUAUCGCUAAUCUUACUGUGACAACCCCACCCCUGGCCGUCUGUCCUAUUUUUGACAUUAAAAAGUAAUCACAAAAAUAGCAAUACAAGAAAUGUACGUUGCAUUUAUAAUAGUGUUGUCAUACAAAAAAUACAACGUAUCUGUUCAAUCACACUUCUGAAUUUUGAAUUAUUGUGAUAAAUCGCACCAUUGCUUGCAUAGGUCAAAUCAACAUUGAAAAUAAAAAAUAUUGUCAGAAUGUUAUACCCGCACAUUUAAAAAAACAAAAGUUUUUUUUACUUGAAUGCACUACAUUUAUUUUCUCAAAACUGGUUAGCAGUUGUAUCUAAAGUCCUGUCAGGGUUCAUUUUGAAAUGAAAAGUUCCACCAAGCACACCAGACAGAGUAUAGCAACUGUGCACAGAGUAACUUCCUGUUCAGUGCAUACCAAGUUUCAAAAUAAAAGCAUGGUAGCAUUUACCUGGAUUCUACCACUGCCGUAACAAAAUGGACCUUUUAUACUUGUACUUGUAUAGCGCUUUUCUACCCCUUUUUAAGGAGCCCAAAGCGCUUUGACAGUAUUUCCACAUUCACCCAUUCACACACACAUUCACACACGGAUGGCGGGAGCUGCCAUGCAAGGCGCUAACCAGGACCCGUAUUUCCAAGGGUGAAGUGUCUUGCUCAAGGACACAACGGACGUGACUAGGAUGGCAGAAGGUGGGGAUUGAACCAGUAACCCUCAGAUUGCUGGCACGGCCACUCUACCAACUUCGCCACGCCGUCCCCAUAGCAACGCCUUUCAUAUAACAAUCCGCAGUCAAGGUCAAAUAAAUUGCGUGAUUGAUCUACAGCAGUGGCUCUCAACCUUUUUUCAGUGAUGUACCCCCUGUGAAAAUUUUUUUAAUUCAAGUACCCCCCGUGAUCAGAGCAAAGCAUUUUUGGUUGAAAAAAAGAGAUAAAGAAGUAAAAUACAGCACAAUGUCAUCAGUUUCUGAUUUUCUAAAUUGUAUAACAGUGCAAAAUAUUUCUCAUUCGUAGUGGUCUUUCUUUAACUAUAUGGAAAAAAGGAUACAAAAAUAACUAAAAACUUGUUGAAAAAUAAACAAAUGCUUCAAUUAUAAAUAAAGAGUUCUACACAUCGAAGUAAUCAUCAACUUAAAGUGCCCUCUUUGGGGAUUGUAAUAGAAAUCCAUCUGGAUUCAUGAACUUAAUUAAAAAAUGUUCUUCACAAAAAAAUACAUUUUUAACAUCAAUAUUUAUGGAACAUGUCCACAAAAAAUCUAGCUGUCAACACUGAAUAUUGCAUUGUUGCAUUUCUUUUCACAGUUUAUAAACUUACAUUCAUAUUUUGUUGAAGUAUUAUUCAAUAAAUAUAUAUAUAAAGUAGUUUUGAAUUGUUGCUAUAUUUAGAAUAUUUUUUAAAAAUUUCACGUACCCCUUGGCAUACCUUCAAGUACCCCUAGGGGUACGCGUACCCCCAUUUGAGAAUCACUGAUCUACAGUACACGAUUAUUACGAACAUUUUUCGUGAUUCAUCAAAUGUAACACAUUAACUUUGACAGCUCCAAUUUGAAAACAAAUUUGUUUUGCUGUUCGUGCUUUUUUUGCUCACUUUUGUCGUCCAUAAAAACUCCCUGCUCACGUGUCAUUGCUGAUUAUGCAAAUAAGACAAUGAGGUCAUUCCCCUGCCAACCACCGCCACAAAUAGAUUGCAGUGCUUUGGGAAACACUGAAUGACUACAAUUUUACCAAAUGAUGUAAGUAGUAAAAUCAGCAUUAGUGCUACAGUACUGGCGCUAUAAAAUCGACAAAUCAAACAAAAUUUUCCCAUUUUUGGGAAACUGCAAAAAAAGGAUAAUUCUUCGUUAUUUAGCCAAUUCAACAGUGUUAUCAACCCCUCAACAAAGUGUGCAUAAGUAGUUUUAAGUCAUUCUUAGGGAGUUUAGAUGUAUGUCUGUAGGGCACUAGCUGACCAGUAGCUGAAGUACAAUAAAUACCUAAUCACGCAUUGCCAGACUAUCAGUAGCCUUUUAGUAGAAUUGUACAAAAUGAAGUGAUACAUUUUAACAUCCAAAAUGUGUUGGUUUCCUGUUGCAUCACAUUGUAUUAUCUUCAUUGGUGCAGUGAGUGUCACGCUUUUUUUUUUUAUAAGAACUUGUAGCAUCGUCCUUACCCAACUUUGCUUUUGGGGACAAAAUGGAGUGUUUCUUCCUGACAUGUGUUGCACUGAAUACAUGCUACUGUAUUAUGAGUGUGCCUGUAUAGCAUUGAUGGAAUCUAUUUUGUCACACACAUCACCAAAAGAAUGUUUUGCUCUCCACCGCUGGCCAAACACUCUCAUGUAACUUGAGCUCCCGGUGAAUGUUUUUAUUUGUUUUUGUUUUUUUUCCACCCUUGCAGAACUUCAGUAACUCUUUGUAAAAACACCUUAAACUCUCGUUAAGUUGUGUCAUAAUAAGUGUGUCGUAACACGUCACAGAAUGUAUCGAUAAAUGAUAUGUGUGGAAGCCUUUAUAAAAUAUGUGAAAGGUCAUCUGCAGCAAUAGAAGGAUUGUAAAUAUGUAAAAUAAGAAAUAGACUGCAUGUGACGGAAGCGUCAGAUGGAGUUUUUGGUCACAUGCAGAGUUUUAUCUACCUGAAGGAUUUUGUCACAGCGUGGAGCAUCACUGAGCACAGGAAUUUGAAUGCAUAUGAACAUUAUACGCUGCCAUUUGUGAGCUCAUAAUGCCUUAUGUUUGAUGCUAAAUUGUGCCUCAUUUUUAUGUUUUUUUUUUUCUGAAAUGUUAUCCGUGACAUAUUUAAUGUAACAAUCAGGGCCUGCUCCUGGCAUAAACAUUAUCAGAAAGGCUUUGGCGACUUUUAAGUCCAUUUAGGUUGUAAUUUCAACAAUGAAAUUUGGAGCCCAGAAAGGUUCAGUUUGAGUAGUAACUUAUAAAAUCAAACCUUAGUAAUGUUAAAGACAGAAAUUGGCCGCUGACAAAAAGCCUAGAGCCUGGUAACAACGGUUUGCCCAUUAAGUCCUAGUCACUUGUGAUGGAACUACAUUCACUGGGAACUCAUCAAUUAUAAAUAUCUAAAGUGUGACAUUGUGCAACAACUUUAUGACUAAUAAUGUUGACGAUUGAAUUAGUUUAAGACGCACGACCCGCCACACGUUUGCUUUGUUUGCUUCAAUCUUGCAGUGUUGUUACAUUGGCAAUAUCUAAAUAAAGAUGCUAUACACUGCUGUGACUUUGGUAUUAUGCAAUAUUUAAUAAACCAUUUUAAACCAU